AUGACUAAUUACGAUGAAGCGCCAAAAUAUAUCAAUGAUAACACUUAUCAAGUUUUUGAAAAUAUCAAUGCAUCACGUAUUCUCAGGGAUAUUACAUUCGUAAGGUUAAAUGUAGAAGAUGUUUGCAUGAAUGAAGAAGAUGAAUUUAUCAUGGAAGUGAUCAGAAAACGAUCCUUGUUUGGAUUUAUUCUGGAAUAUCAAUUUCCAUCGAUAGAUGCUGCAUCUACAUCACUGAAGGCAAGGGUUCGCAUACAUGCAAAGCACUUCAAUGGUAAUGUCAUUCAUUUCCGACAUAAACGUGUUAUACGGAUUAAGAUGAUUCCGGAAUUGGUUAAUUUAUGGAAACGGUCAUCGUUGUUGUUAGCAAUUUAUGCGAAAUUGAACACAUUGGGAAAAUAUUCUAUGAAAAGGUUAGGAAUCUGUGAAGUGCCGUUAGAGGAACUUGUUAUUCCUCCUUUUAUCAUCUGUCGAGAUUUUCUGUUUGCUGGUCCCGGAUUCUCAGCUUCUGCUUUGAUAAAAAUUGAUCUUGGAUCACAUAUACGACUAUUGAUGGAAAGGUUGGAAUGGAUGAGAAAUGGUAGUUUACCACAAAAUGGAUCAGUUACUCGUGCCAGAUCAAGGUCCUGCAGUAGAAAAGGAUCAAGUUAUACAUCAAAACGACUAGCAUCUCCACUACCACAACGUCGUGCCUUCUCUUCAUCUCCUCCUCUACUGAGACCUCCACCGUUGAAUCUUGACAGUAGUAGUUCACGAAAUACUUCACCGCAUGCAAUUAAUGUUCCGCGUACAGCAAUACGUGAACUUUGUCCAACAAGUCCAUCUUAUCGAAUCAGAUUAACCGUUUAUUCGGCUCGUCGUUUGCCACUUUCAUUCAAUUCCAGAGGUGAUGCUGUUGCGCCAUCAACUUAUCUAACGGUGAUUGGAGAAGAUGGACGUACUUUGAGUUCACCGGUACGUGCUGGAUCAUUACAUCCAGAAUGGAACUGGACGGAAACAUUCAAUGUAUCAAGAAGUCGUCAAAAUUUGGUCGUGAAAUUAUGGAAGCGUUGUAUUGUUGGAGCAGAUAAAGUAAUUGGUUUUAUAUCACUACAACUGCCACCUACUGAUACAAGAAAAUCGGAGUACGAAAUGUCAGAUUUAUCAAUUUCAGAUCAAGCACCACUGAUAACUCUCUCUAUUUCAUGUGAAACCUUUCCACAUGGUGAGUCAUAUAAUAACACGCCAUUAUUGGCUCCAUCACCACCAAUACCGCUCAGGCCUUUUCUCACUGAAACAUGUCCACGAUUACAAAAGAUGACAAGGGAAGAAGUAUUCGAAAAAUUGAGGAAAAAUAUCUCCGAAUUAGAACAUAUGAUGGCGCGAUUGAAGUAUUCGUGA